GCUGGCGGCCGGUUGCUAUGGAGACGGGUUGCAAACCACUACAAAGGAUUCGCGGUUUCCACCCGCGGAGUAGACCCAGCGCUUUAUCGGAUAUUGAUCGAGCCCUCUCUCUGAUUGCUUUAAAUUGGUUGCAGGUAAAAGGGCUCACGGCCCUCGCCGGAUUUAUCAGCCAUUGCAGGGAAAGGCUGCGUUUGUGAAAGAAAUUGAAACCCAGAGGAAGAAUGACUGACCUGCACUGGGAUAAGAAAAGUGCUUCCGUUUCCAGUUCAGACAUGGAGAUGAAGUGCGAGCCGCUGCCUGCCUGUGUGAACCCUGGCAACCCGGUGUUCUCCUGUAUGCUGGACCCGAAGACAAUCUGCACCAGGACCUCCCUCUCCCACCCCCAGAUGAUUAUGUACAAGACCAACUCUGGCCACUACGGCGAGUUUUUACCGAAGCCACAGUUUUUUCCCUGCAAUUACACUCCGAGAGAGGACAAAUUUUCCAACCAUAUCAGAGCAACUGGGAUAUAUCAAAAUAACGGUCUAAAUACUGCCCCUGAUAGAACCAGAACCCUUGAUUGUCCUAAUUUUCAACGUACUCUGUGAAAAUAGAUUCUCGUGACAAUUUAAGAAAUAGAUUGGUGAAAAUCAAUUUUCAAUCUAGGGCUAGUCCCUAAACUUAGAAUAGAAAAAGAUUUUGAAAACAAAAAGAUUUGAAUAAAUUUUAUUAAGUAAAUCGGUGUUGUAUUGUUUUCUGAAACAAGGUUUAGCUGUGUACCCCAGGAUUGGCCUUUCUACCCCUGACUCUCCAGCCUCAGCCUCCUGAGGGCUGGGAUUGAAGGGUUGUGCA